GACCACCCGCUGCUUCACCUCACAGCAUGACCACACGAAAAUCCAUCACACCAAAUUUCUCUUGUCUUAGCGAUCGGCAAUCAUAAUUAGCAGCAAAAAAGACUAAUCACUCUUUCGAUCCAUCGAUCCCCUCCAUCUCCGGCGCCCCUCCGUGGCAGGUAGAGAGAGGGGAAACCAUUGAUCCGUCGACAAGAUCGGUCGAUCUCGAGGAGGCCGGCCGGAUUACUGCAUCCAUCACAUCGCAUUGCAAUUUUCAUCGAGAAGACAACAAGAAUUUGCGCGUCCAUAUAUACAUAUAUAUCAAUCGAUUGUAGCGACAGUCAGGCAGGUGGGCGGCCGGCGUCGUGGGAGAAGGGCCGGAGGUGAUUUAUGAUGGAGCAAGGGGAGGGCGAUGCCCCCGCCCCCGCCCCCGCGCCGGCGCCGGCCCCGGUGCCACCGCGGGAGGCGAUCUCGUUGGAGAAGGCGUUCGAAGGCAAGACCCUGCCGACGUGGAACGAGCAGAUCACGGUCCGCGCCGUGGUGGUGAGCGCGGGGCUGGGCACCUUCCUCAGCUUCAUCGUGAUGAAGCUCAACAUCACCUCCGGCAUCGUGCCGUCCCUCAACGUCUCCGCGGGGCUGCUCGCCUUCUUCAUGAUGAAGACGUGGACGUCGGCGCUGGAGCGCUGCGGCGUCUUCCCGCGGCCCUUCACCCGGCAGGAGAACACGGUGGUGCAGACCUGCGUCAUCUCCUGCUCCAGCAUCGCCUUCUCCGGCGGCUUCGGCACCUACAUCCUCGGCAUGAGCCGCAAGAUCGCCAAGGGCUUCGACGAGGCCAACAACACCAUGAACGUCGAGGAGCCGUCGCUGUGGCGCGUCAUGGCUUACCUCUUCCUCGUCAGCUUCGUGGGGCUCUUCUCCAUCGUGCCCCUGAGGAAGAUCAUGAUCAUUAGCUACCGCCUCACCUACCCCUCCGGCUCCGCCACCGCCCACCUCAUCAACAGCUUCCACACGCCCCAAGGCGCCAUCCAGGCCAAGCAGCAGGUGUCGAUCCUGUUCAAGUCGUUUCUAGGGAGCUUCCUGUGGUCCAUGUUCCAGUGGUUCUACACGGCGGGGGACUCGUGCGGGUUCGGCUCCUUCCCGACGUUCGGGAUGGAGGCCUACAACCGGCGCUUCUACUUCGACUUCUCGGCGACGUACGUCGGGGUGGGGAUGAUCUGCCCCUACAUCAUCAACUUCUCGCUGCUCAUCGGGAGCAUCAUCUCCUGGGGGAUCAUGUGGCCCUUCAUCGAGAGCAAGAGGGGGGACUGGUACGACGCCAACCUCCCCAACAGCAGCCUCCACGGCCUCAACGGCUACCAGGUCUUCAUCUCCAUCGCCAUGAUCAUGGGCGACGGCCUCUUCAACUUCUUCUCCAUCCUCUUCCGCACCUCCUACGACAUGUACCUCAAGCGCACCGGCCGCGCCAAGGCCAACACCGCGGGGGUCCCCUUCGCCGGCGCCGGCCUCGCGGGCGCCAACGAGAGGCAGGCGCUCAGCUUCGACGACCGCCGCCGCACGCAGAUCUUCCUCAAGGACCAGAUCCCCACCGUAGUCGCCGUGGGCGCCUACAUCACCCUCGCCGGCAUCUCCGUCCUCGCCAUCCCGCACAUCUUCCGCCAGCUCAAGCCCAAGCACGUCGUCUGGGCCUACGUCGUCGCCCCCAUCUUCGCCUUCUGCAACGCCUACGGCACCGGCCUCACCGACUGGUCCCUCUCCAGCAGCUACGGCAAGCUCGCCAUCUUCAUCUUCGGCGCCAACAUCGGCGCCAAGGACGGCGGGGUCAUCGCCGGCCUCGCCGCCUGCGGCCUCAUGAUGGGGAUCGUCUCCACCGCCUCCGACCUCAUCCAGGACUUCAAGACGGGGUACCUCACCCUCACCUCCCCGCGCGCCAUGUUCGUCAGCCAGGUCAUCGGCACGGGGAUCGGCUGCAUCAUCUCCCCCACUGUCUUCUGGAUCUUCUACCAGGCCUACGACAUCGGCAACGACGAGGGCUACCCGGCGCCCUACGCCAAGAUCUACCGCGGCAUCGCGCUCCUCGGCACCAACGGCUGGGACCAGCUGCCCAAGUACUGCCUCAGGUUCUGCGCCGCCUUCUUCAUCCUCGCCAUCGCCAUCUGCGCGCUCAAGGAGGUGGCCAACAACAAAACGUGGUGGAUCAGGGACUACAUACCCAGCGCGCUCGGCAUGGCCGUGCCCUUCUUCCUCGGCUCCUUCUUCACCAUCGACAUGUGCGUGGGGAGCUUGAUACUCUACAUGUGGUCCAGGUCCGACAGGCUGCACGCGCAGAUGUUCGCGCCGGCGGUGGCAUCGGGGCUAAUCUGCGGCGACGGGAUUUGGUCGCUGCCGUCGUCGUUGCUGUCGCUAGGCAACGUGGAACCACCCAUGUGCCUGAGGGUCUUCGACGCCGACACCAACUACGAGGUGGAGCAGUUCCUUUCGACCUUACCCAUCCCGGCGUAGCCACAUGAUCCACGCAUACCAUUUUUCUUCUUUUUCUUUACACAUGCGUGCACGUUAUAUGUUCAUGAUCCAUUGAUCAAUUAAUGGAUGAUGGACAUGAUAGCUCAAAGGUUAGCUAGUACAGUGUUCUAGCCUUGUAACGUGAGGACGUGUAGGAUGGAUUGGAUGGUGGUCUAUAUGUAUGUAUGUGUGUAAUUGUUGCAUUCACUAAUUUGUAUUCUCACGGAAUUUGAUUGGUUUUACUUGUUCUUCCGCUUCCUGCA